AUGAAGAGGAAGACAAGGAUGGCAAAGACGGCGGCGCGCUCGGCGGUAGUGGAGGAUAGACCGUUGGUCGCCCCCGCUGGAAGAAGUCCCAGCCUCUGGCCAAAGGUGGAAAGUCGAGAUUCGAAAUCCGCAAACGCAACCGAGGGGGGAGGCACAACGAUUGGUGUUGCUAUUGCCGGAGCUAGAACUGGAGCUGGAGCAGUUGCUAUGAGUGGAUUCGAAGGUAGUGCUGGUGCCAAUGCUGGUGCUGGGGCCACAAACGGUGCUGGUGCUGGUGCCAAUGCUGGUGCUGGGGCCACAAACGGUGCUGGUGCUGGAGCCACAAACGGUGCUGGUGCUGGAGCUACAAACGGUGCUGGUAAUGUUGAAAGCUGCGGUGCUACUGACGGUGCUUGCACCUGA